UCUCCACACAUUGGUGUGUGCUCCAGUUCAUGUCACUGUGAGGAUUUGCAAAGCAGUGCCAGACAGGUGCGGUGAGAGACCCGUUUUCGAGGGGAAAAGUCGGUAUUCCCGAAUCAUAGAGGGGCUGGAGGCUGAGGCUGGUGAGUUUCCGUGGCAGGUGAGUAUUCAGGCGAGAAAUGAACACUUCUGUGGUGGCGCAAUUCUCGACAAGUGGUGGAUCCUCACGGCUGCGCACUGCUUGGCCCCGGAGUACAUCUCGUAAGUACCAGGAGCCCCUCCCUACUGCACCUGCGGUCCCCCCAGGGCACCCUCUCCCUCUCAGCCAUGCCUGAUCUCUUACAGAUGAGCCCCCACUGCCCCUGCCAGCCCUGGACACACAGAGACAGUCAGCCCGAGGCUAUGCCAUCCCUCCCGCCUCCCCUUGUCCCUGCCAGGGCCAAGGACAUGGCUUCCCUGAAGCUACACUCUGUCCUCUCCAGAAAUUUCUGUGGCUUAAUGGAGCCAACGGCUUGGUCCAAUGCCUGUUCUAGAUUGGGGUCCUUCCGGUUCUGGAAGUCUGCUUUUCCGGGCCACCUGAGCCCUCUCUCCUCCCUGUAAAGUUUUCUGCCUGCCAGCACAUUGGUGGUUUCAGCAUUUACUGAUAACUAUGUGCCAGCGAUCCUGCUAAGCAACGUCACCUGAAUUGACUCAUUUAAUUGUACAAGGCCCCUCUGAGGCAGAGAAUGAAUCACCCCAAUUUAUGGAUAAGGAAACUGAGGUUCAGUACACUGAGGUUACUCAGCCGGGGUGCACACCUCGUAGAGAGAGGCAGGAUUUAAAUUCUAGGUCCACCGCUCACGCUUUCCGCUAUACCAGCUCAAGCAGGCGUGAAGAUACACAGAAAGGCUGCCUUUAAAGGGUUAAUCCAAAACUUGGGGAAAGUUUUGUCAUGGCCUCACCAAGGAACUUUGUGGCACCUGUUGUCAUGGGGCACUUAGGGGUCAGAAAGUGCUUGGCCAUUCCCGCCUGGGGGAGGGGGCUCCUGGAUGUUGGCUCAUUACAGAAGAUCUUUUCUGCUUAGUCACUGGCAGGUCUAAACUCACUUCUGUUCCUGGGUCUCCGAUGAUAUAGAAUAGAGGAAAUAAAACCUAUCUGGAGGCGAGUCUGAUCUGAGCCAAGCAGUCUUCUGGGGGCUUUCCGUGAGCUUCCAAGGGAGGGUUAGGCAGGAGCACCUCACACCUCUGAUCUCGAACCCCUGGCCUCAAGGCAUCCUGCCAGCUCAGCUUCCCAAAAAGUCGGGGUUACAGGCCUGAGCCCUGGUGCCUGGCUGUGUUCCCUUCACUGGGGCCCCUGAUGGAGGAGGCAUAGCUGUGUUCUUCUCAGGGGCCUUUCUGACUCUACCUUCUCCAAACUCUCAGACCCUCGGAGCAAUAGCCCUAGGAUGACCUGAAGGGGCUCCGAGCUGUGUGGGGUCUAGAGUUCCCGGGGACAAUCAAUUCUAUGCACACUGAUGGUUUCCCUUCCCUUCCCUUUCCCCCUCUCCGGUUCUAUGUCACCAGACCUGCAGAGCUGAAUGUCGUGCUGGGGACCAACGACUUAACCAGCUCACAUGUGGAAACAAAGUCAGUGGGCAGCAUAAUUAUUCACAAGGACUUUAAGAAGGCCAACAUGGACAACGACAUUGCCUUGCUCCUGCUGGCCACGCCUAUCACAUUCAGCGGCCUGAAGGUGCCCAUCUGCCUGCCCACGGAGCACAGCCCCCCGAUGUGGCAUGAGUGCUGGGUGGCAGGAUGGGGCCAGACUGAGGCUGAUAACAAAAACUCCAAGACCGUGGAGCUGCUGAAAGUGCCGAUGAUCAUCACAGACUGGGACAUGUGUCUAAAGGAGUUUCCAAAACUUACCAAAAACAUGCUGUGUGCUGGAUACAAGAAUGAGAGUUAUGAUGCCUGCCAGGGUGACAGUGGGGGGCCUCUGGUCUGCACCCCAGAGCCCGGUGGGACGUGGUACCAGGUCGGCAUUAUCAGCUGGGGCAGGAGCUGUGGCCGGAAGAACACCUCAGGUAUAUACACGGCACUGGCCAACUAUGACCACUGGAUCAUGAAGGUGACUCAGGUGGAGGGCAGGCCCUUCCACCCCGAGGAGAUGAGGACCUCCUCCAAGCUGAAACAAGCUGGCUCCCAGGCCUCGGGACCCCCAGAGCCCGGCAGCCCCCAACUCUGGUUCCUUCUCUGCCUUUUGUCCUACAUGUUCUUCAGAGCUAUUUUCUACUGAUAAUAAAACAGACGCU